GAGGAGGAGGGCUAGAAGGGGUGCACUUGCCGCCUAGAAAAGGCGCUGAUGUGGCAGGUCAACAGGUCAGAGCUGCUCUUUCCCGCUCCCGCCUUGGUCGGUCAAACCCCUCCAGCUCCAGCUCAGGCUCACUAUCAGGCGCAUCCCCUUACAACGCUACCAAUACUGCUGUUGCUGCUGCUGCUUCUAACAACAGUCCCAAUAACCUCAACUUCACACAAACCGGUCGCGUCACCAAGUCUCGCCAUCGCUCUUCUCUUUCGGCACCAAUCGCAGCGUCGCUUGUGAAUGCUGCUGCUACGGAGAGUGCAAGAUUAUCCUACGAGGCAAAGCUUACCGCGGCACUAGCUGCUAACGUCGCCGGCACAAUGGCGGGUAGCCAGUCAAGCACAACGACGACAGCUCUCCCCUCGCUAAAAUCGAACGGCCUCUCCUCGGUGCCGCAAAAGCCCAAAACAAAUGGAACAACACCGAUCCUCAGCACCGCCUCUUCUAUGGACAAAGAUGCUCCCGUGAUUUCCUUUUGGGGCCCAGAGCCAAUUGCUCUGCCCUCCCGCUUCGCCCGCAUCAAGCGCAACCUAAUCAGUGGUCACGAAGCUGAGCUCGAAGCUAGUUGGGCCCGCCUCAUUACUGCACUUCGCAAAGAGGUCAGCCACAUAGAGGACCUUGGGGCUCACCUCAUUCCUUCGAUUGAGUUUGGCGACCUAGAUGACUCUGUUCAGACUGCGCGCUUUGGACACGAUCUCAGGCGCUACGGUGUCGGCGUCGUCCGCAAGGUCGUACCAAGAGCAGACACGGAUACUGCAGUCCGCGAAACGGUCGACUAUCUCGAUAGCAAACGCCACAUCAAGGCACUCCAGCAGCAUGAUCCAGCUUGUUUCGACUUCUUUUGGACACCAGCUCAAGUCCGCUCGAGAGCGCACCCCAACGUUCUCAGCGCCCAACGAUUUAUGAUGAGCCUAUGGGAGACCAAUCCAGACGAUCAGCUUGUCACAAGACUCCCUAUCACCUAUGUCGAUCGCAUACGCGUACACGGAAAUGGAGAGAACCAGUCUAACAGUCUAAAUGUGCCGCCGCUCGAGCCGCCACAAUCCGCCGACGAUUGGAUUCAGGCAUUACAAUCAUCUGCGGGUAUCACAGCACAAGUUGACAACGGGUCUUUGGAGCGCUGGGAGCCCGACGGUUAUCAACGUGCCGGCACCUAUAACCAUAUCUUUCAUGGUCAAUGGGAAGACUACGAUCCUUGGAAAUGUACCAGUCGCACUUCUGUGACAACUGAUCUUUACAAUGGCUACGGUGCCUGCACUAUCUUCCGCAUGUUUCAGGGCAUCUUGGCACUCUCCACUGUCGAACCUGGCAUGGUUCGCCUCUUGCCUUCCCCCAAGCUUGCAACAGCUUACUACCUCCUCCGACCCUUUUUCACAACCAAGAAUCCUCCACCAGAGAAUCGCACUGGGCCUGAAUGGGAGGCAUAUCUUGCUCCCGAGAAUUGGAAGCUGCAAACUGAGCCUGAUUCCAUCAUUCACGGAGCUGUCCCGGGACAUGCACAAAGAAUUACUGAAACAUGGCACCCCCAUCUGCAUCUACGAAAUAGCAUGAUUACUUUGCCAACGCUACAGCCUGGAGACUACAUAUUCUGGCACCCCGACCUUCCAUACUACCUCUCCAGUAACAACUAUGGUCUCAAAACACCCAGUGGAAGCAAGAGUGAAGUCAGCAUGCUCGUGUACAUUCCGGCAGCUCCGCUCACGCAAACAAAUGCACUUUAUCUUGCGCGUCAAAGGAAGGCAUUCCAGAGGGGCCAUCCCGGCCCAGACUUCGAUUCCACGGGAAGAGGGAUUGUUGAAGAGGACGCUGAAACACGGCCUGGUGAAAAGGAAAUUGCCGAAGUCGGGGGUCCCUCUUCACUACAGGCUAUGGGUCUUGCGCCAUGGGAAGUUGCAGGCACUCGCUCUGGAUCACCACCCUCGGAAAAGUCCAAGUCUAAGGCCGAUGAGGAUGUUGAGAUGGAGGGAGACGGAGACGCCAAGAGCCUUACAAGCACAUCAUCGAUUUCCCGCGCUGAGGCUGAGGUUGUGCGCCUAGCCAAUAUUAUCCUCUUUCCAGAUCGCUCAAUGCUGGGAUACUCGGUUUGAAAGAAGCAUAAACUUGCUGGUCGGGGCUCUGUCUUUCAUCUCCUGCUUAGUUGGACAUCACACUUCUCUCACCCCUUUUGGACUCUUUGUGACAUUUCAUAUCGGUAUGUGGCCCAACUGUAUACAGGAGAUCGAUUAGAUGCAUCAUGAAGGAGUCAGGCGUUUACCCAAGGAUUGAAACUAG